UGAGGGGAAGACCCCGCAGGGGUGGCGGCGCCAGGCGGAGCGACACGGGUCGCCGGCUGAGGGGAGGGCGAGAAAACCCGCAAAGACGAGUCGGCGGCCCCUUCGCGGCCAGCCCCGUUUCUCCGGCCGUGAGCUUAACUGUGAGAAAUAUGGGAGACGACAGACCGUUUGUGUGCAGUGCCCCAGGCUGUGGACAGAGGUUUACAAAUGAGGACCACCUGGCAGUUCAUAAACUGAAGCAUGAGAUGACACUGAAGUUUGGUCCCGCCAGAACAGAUUCAGUCAUCAUAGCAGAUCAGACUCCAACACCAACCCGUUUUCUGAAGAAUUGCGAUGAAGUUGGCCUCUUCAAUGAGUUGGCAAGCUCAUUUGAGCAUGACUUCAAGAAAGCCUCAGAAGAUGAUGAGAAAAAGGCAAGAGGGGGAAAGCUUUUUUGUUCUGGACCCCUGGAUAUGUCUCUGUCCUCUGCCCCCUCUUCCCCAGACAUCAAAAUAAAAGAAGAAGAGACAGUGGAAGUAGAUUCAUCUCCAUCUGACAGUCCAAUUGCCAGUCCACGGACACCACAGACCAUGGAGAAGGAAAAUGCUUCCAAGCCAGUUAUCAUUUCCACUCCUACUCCAACCAUCGUGCGCCCUGGCUCACUGCCGCUGCACUUGGGGUAUGAUCCUCUACAUCCCACUCUCCCUUCUCCAACUUCUGUCAUCACCCAGGCUCCACCUUCCAACAGACAGCUUGGAUCUCCAACCAGCUCCGUACCGCUUGUCAUGCAACUUGUGAACGGACAGACCAUGCCUGUCCUUCCUGGCCCUCCUGUUCAGAUGCCUUCUGUCAUAUCGCUCGCAAGGCCAAUGUCUGUGGUGCCAAACAUUCCUGGUAUUCCGGGUCCUCCAAUAGUCGGCAGUGGCUCCAUCUCACCAUCAGGACUUCCAAUGCAUUCAGAAGCUAAAAUGAGGCUGAAAGCCAGCCUGACACAAGGAGUUACUUCCUCCCUAAACGGCAGCAACAUGAUGGUAGGAUCGGCAAGUACAAUGGUGACAUCUCGCCCCGAACAAGGUCAAAUACUCAUCCAGCACCCCGAUGCACCUUCUCCAGCACAACCACAGGUCUCCCCAGCUCAGCCCACACCUAGCACAGGCGGCAGACGGAGACGCACAAUGGAUGAAGAUCCAGACGAACGCCGGCAACGUUUCUUGGAGAGGAACCGUGCUGCAGCCUCCCGCUGCCGUCAGAAACGGAAGCUCUGGGUAUCUUCCUUGGAGAAGAAGGCCGAGGAGCUCACAACACAGAACAUCCAGCUAAGCAAUGAAGUUACGCUAUUAAGGAACGAAGUUGCUCAACUCAAACAGCUACUGUUGGCUCACAAGGACUGCCCAGUCACCGCAUUACAGAAGAAAACACAAGGUUAUCUCGAAAGCCCGAAGGAGAGCUCCGAGCCUACAGGUUCCCCAGCUCCCGUCAUCCAGCACAGUUCACUGACCACCUCCUCCAACGGGCUGAACGUCCGCUCUGCAGCCGAAGCCGUCGCCACUUCGGUGCUCACUCAGAUGGCAAGCCAAAGGACAGAACUGAACGUGCCGCUGCAGCCGCACGUCAUUAUGGCUCCCCAGUCCCAGUCUGCUGGCAGAUGAUGUCUCAAAUCAUGCGACAUAGAACUAACCAUUAAGAACUUGCAGCCGGAGAGACUGGUCAUAACUAAGCCCCUCGAUCAAUAUGGGGUGGAUACCAUUUUGUUUUUGUUUUUUUUGCUUUUGUUUUUUUGUUAAAGUGAGUUACGGGCAGCUAUGGAGCUUCUAACGCAACAUAUCCCAUGCAGGUCCCCCAAGCUGGGGGGGAUCUGGCCCCCAAGCUGUUGUCACAUGACCAUCUGUUUCUAAAGGAUGGCUUCGGACUGAGCAACGUCACCUUCCUUCAGGGAGGAUCCGUCGGGUAGAAUCCAGAGUGCUCAGUGUCGUCUUAAACGGUUAUGGUUCAAGUAUAAGUUAUGUCAACACUAAGCCUCCCUUAGCUUAGUUACUCGUGGUGCUUUCUUGAGUUGGCCCCCUAAAGCAAAGCAAAACGAAAGCCUUUUGGAGAGGCUGCGAAUUUUUUGCUGGUGCUGUCCGUUUUAAUUUUUUUUUUUUGGCAUCCCACCGCUUUCAGCCCUCUCUGGUGUGUCCGUCGCCGCUGUAGCUGGCCUUCAGUUCUGCACUUUUACACAGGACUCCAUGGCUCUGAAGGUGGUAAGCGCCAUGUUUGUGUGGGUUUGAUCUCCUCUUCUAAUUUCUUACCCCCUCGCCUCCCCAAAAAAAAAAAGUUCU